AUGAUGAAGGAAAAAAAAAUACGUAGACAUUUCCAUAACCCACUAUAUUCCACAGCAAACAUGAAUCAAGAAGCUUUACAAAAAGUCCUCAUUGAAAUGGACAAUCAACUAAAUAAAUCAAGAGCAGAAUUGUCCAUGGUGAAUUUGCAGUUGGAUCGUGUGCAUACAAACCUAAAUGUUAUCAAAUCAACAAAUUCCAGGCUAAAUGCGUUAAAUGCACCCGAUGAAACGAUAUGGCAAGGAGUAGGCAAAGCAUUUAUUGCGGAAAAAACUGGCAAUUACCUCGAUCAAUUAUCGGAAGAUGAAAAAGGAUACAAGGAUACAGAAAAGAAUUUAAAAAUCAAGCAAGAUUAUCUACAAACUACACUCGAGAAAACAGUUAAUAGUAUGACAAAGAUAGUUGGUGAAAAAAAGUAG